AUGAAAAUACUCCUAUCUAAACAGCAAACUAGAAAGAUAGCAAUAGUUUCAGAAACACAUGGAUUGGUGUUUAGACCAAUUGAUAACAAGACGUCCCGAAGAUCUACGUGUGCUGUAGAAUUGGUUCCAAAAACUGACUUAAACGGACGUGGUUUCAAAAAACUUUCUCGCCAUGAAAUAUACGGUUUCAUUGGUCUGAUAGAAAUCGAAGGCCUUAUAUUUAUAGCAACCAUAACAGAGAAAUCUAAAGUGGCUCAACCAAUUCCUAAUAAAACGGUCAACAAAAUAUAUGCCGUGGAUUUUUUUUGCCUAAAUAAUUCUAAGUGGGAUUUCAUGGACAUCGAUUCCGCCGGUUAUCCAAUUCUUACCAAUGACGGAGAUUUUACAUCAAGCUCACGUCCAAGUAUUUCCACACGUUCCUCUAGAGCAUCCCUACAUUCUUCUUCUUCGAGGAGUUUAAAUGCUCAAGAUCAAGUUUCCAAGCACCCAUGCCAUGAAUUAAAAAAGCUACUAUCAAAUGGAUCCUUUUAUUACAGCACCGAUUUUGAUCUGACUUGCACAUUGCAGAAACGUGGAUUCACGGAACAUUCUUUGAGUUUUGAUAAUUUUGACAGGGAGUUUAUGUGGAACUCAUUUCUUAUGGACGAGAUCAUUACAUACAGAGACAGACUAGACAUACCGACUAAGGAAUUGCUAGAUGAACAGGGAUUCCUCACGACCGUCAUCCGAGGGUUUGCAGAAACAAUUUUCAGCUAUAUUAAUAAAUUGAAAGUGGGGCUCACAAUUAUCUCCAGACAAAGUUGGAAAAGGGCAGGUACAAGAUUUAAUGCACGUGGUAUAGAUGAUGAAGGGCAUGUAGCAAACUUCGUUGAAACAGAAAUGAUCAUGUACUCUUCUCAGUAUUGUUAUGCCUUUACGCAAAUAAGGGGUAGCAUUCCGAUUUUUUGGGAGCAAGAUACAUCAUUGAUAAGUCCAAAGAUCCAAAUUACCAGAUCUGUCGAAGCUACACAGCCCACCUUUGAUGAACACUUUAUGAGACUGUCGAAGAAAUAUGGGCCAGUUCACAUAAUCAACUUGUUGUCCACCAAGUCUUCAGAAAUCCAAUUAUCUAGGAGGUAUAAGGAGCAUUUGAAUAACUCAAACAAAAUGGAAAUUGGUAGGGAUGUAUUUCUAACGGAUUUUGAUUUCCAUAGGGAAACUUCUCAAGAUGGCUUUGCAGCUGCAAGCAGGAUUAUCCCUAAAAUAAGAAACACAAUUUUGGCUGCCGGCUAUUUCUCGUAUGAUGUAAAAGAACAGCGAUUAAUAUCCGAACAAGACGGUGUCUUUAGAACUAAUUGUUUGGAUUGUUUAGAUAGGACUAAUUUGAUCCAACAAACGAUUUCACUAAAUGUAUUCAAGCUGUUUUUGGAAGAUUUUCGAUUGAUUAAACCAAAAAGCUUCAUCGAUGAUAAUGAAUUUGUACAAAAAGAGAACGUUUUAUGGGCCGAUCAUGGUGAUCAGCUAUCACAGAUCUAUACUGGCACAAAUGCUCUAAAAUCUUCAUAUUCUAGGAAAGGUAAAAUGUCUUUAUCUGGUGCUCUUUCUGAUGCAACAAAGUCCGUGAGCAGAAUGUAUAUCAAUAAUUUUGUGGAUAAAGGGAAACAGCUAAAUAUCGACACACUUUUGGGCAAACUACCGCAUCAGCAAGUUGUUGAAUUAUAUGAUCCAAUCUGCGAAUACGUUAAUGAAAGACUUUCAGAAUCAGAAGAUGAAUUUACCACACAUUCUAGUAUAAAUUUGCUUGUUGGUACAUUUAAUGUUAAUGGCAACUCUAGAAAAGCAGAUCUAUCUGAAUGGUUGUUUCCUAUUGGUGAUAAAUUUAAGCCUGAUGUCGUUGUUUUGGGGUUACAAGAGGUUAUAGAGUUGACCGCAGGGUCUAUUCUAAAUGCAGAUUAUACAAAAAGUUCUUUUUGGGAGACUAUGGUUACUGACUGUUUGAAUCAAUACGAAGAAAAGUAUCUUCUUCUUAGAGUGGAGCAAAUGUCUUCACUCUUAAUAUUAUUCUUUGUGAGGUCGGAUAAGGCCCAUAAUGUUAAACAGGUAGGAGGGUCUAGUAAAAAGACAGGUUUUGGUGGUAUCACUGGUAACAAAGGUGCGGUAGCAAUUAGAUUCGAUUAUGGGGCAACAUCGUUCUGUUUUGUUAACACACAUUUAUCAGCUGGCGCCAGUAACAUUGACGAACGUCGUCAUGACUACAACAACAUAUACAGGAAUAUAACCUUUCCAAGAUCUAAAACAAUACCUCAUCAUGAUUCAUUAUUUUGGUUAGGUGACCUGAAUUACAGGAUAACCUUGACGAAUGAAGAGGUCAGAAGGGAAUUAAGGGCUCAGAAAGAUGACUAUGUUGGUAGAUUGCUUCAAUACGAUCAAUUGACUCAAGAAAUAAACGAAGGCGUAGUAUUCCAAGGAUUUAAAGAACCAACCCUUCAAUUUCGCCCGACUUAUAAGUAUGAUUAUGGUACUGAUAAUUACGAUACUUCUGAGAAAGCAAGAACCCCAUCUUGGACUGAUAGAAUCAUAUAUAAUGGUGAAAACUUGCAUCCGUUAGCAUAUUCAGAUGCACCUUUGAAAAUAAGCGAUCAUAAACCAGUUUACGCUGCAUAUAGGGCAAAUGUAAAGUUUAUCAAUGAAAAUAAGAAACUCGAUCUAGUUGAGAAACUGUAUACAGAAUAUAAAAAUGCGAAUCCCGAAAAACUAGCUAAGAACCUUGAGGAACAUUCGCAUUCAAAGCCGGAAAAUCGAAAGGAAAAUACACCUUUGGAUGUAACCGUUCAGUCAGCAGGUAUAACACUAAUUGAUCUAGAUGACACUUCCUCCUAUGUUCCGCCUCCCCUUCCUGCUUCCCGUUCCCAAUCAUCCAUUAUUGGCUAUGGAGAAUCUUGUACAGACGUACCUCUCGAUAAGAGUAAACAUAAUGUACUUCCUCCUCCCCCUCCUACCCCAAGACAUAGUAAGGAAACUUCACCUAAGCCGUCCGCACUCUUAAAAGAUACCCCUAUUACCAGCGUAUCGCCAUAUAAAUCUGAAAAUACUCUUAUUGAUCUAAAGAGACACAUCACGCCCAAACCACUACCGUCAGCACCAGCUAUGUCAAGGCCUGUUUCUUCGCAAAAAACUCCCAUAUCAUUACAGGAUCAUACAGAUACAGUAAAUAUCAAAAGAAAUAUUUCUCCACCUUGUACACCGAUCAGAAGAAAGAGUAGUGCCACCCUGAAUGAAACCUCCGUAUCUACCGAAAAUUCCCGUUUGUGUUCUAUAGUAACUACUACAAAAGACACUGCUGUUUCUCCAAAGGCUCCUACAAAGUCCAAGAAACCACCAAUUGCCAAGAAACCCGAACAUUUAAGCGCUGUCGGUAGCAAGCUUAAUACUACUCAAAAAGAUUCAAUGAAAGUUACCUUGUCGGAUCCAAACUUUGACGAGCUACUGCUUUCGAGGAAAAAGGUUACACCCAAAGUACCUGCGAAGAAACCUGAAUUGGAGAAGCUAGGCAUGGAUUCAUGGAAAGUCCGUAAUCCUAUCUAA